AUGAAUGGUGAAUGUUUUCGUGAAUGGUUGGAAAGUGUUUUGCCAAGACUCAAAGAUAACGCUGUUAUUGUUAUGGAUAACGCCCCUUAUCAUUCCGUAAAACAAGAGAAAUGCCCAAAUGUAAAUACAAGGAAAGCCGAUAUUAUUGCGUGGCUCGAGAGCAAAGGAGAGGUUGUUGAUAGGUCUAUGGUUAUUCGAGAACUGAUUCCGAUUGUCAAUAGACUGAAGCCAAUGUACAACAAAUACGUCAUAGAUGAAAUGGUCAAGUCACACAAUAAAAAUAUACUUCGAUUACCACCAUAUCAUUGCGAGUUCAACCCGAUUGAGCUCGCAUGGUCCAGUAUAAAAAAUUAUGUAAGAAAGAAUAAUACCACUUUCAAGCUGCAUGAUGUCAAUCGAUUAUUAAUUGAAGGCAUCCAAAGGGUAGAUUCUGAGAUGUGGAAAAAUUUUAUUAAACAUGUGGUUGACGAGGAAGAUAAAUUAUGGAAAAUGGACAUCGUUGUUGAUGAGUUGACGGCUGAACAAGAACCAUGUGUUUUAAAUCUGGGCCCCGAUGACUCGGACUCAGAAUCUGACUCUGACUAA